AUGCCGACAUCCAUCAACUACCGGGUCGUUGAACCACACCCGUCCGUCCCUCAUAGCUCCCGUCCCGCUAUCCAUACUGCCCGCGGAGGUGCCGGCAAUGUGAUCAACUUGAAGAAUACCAAGACCACCGAUUCCCGAACAGCCACCGGGCCUGCAUCGUUAACGCGCUUGGACUCCAAUGUCCCCAGUACAUUCAAAUCCGGCCGCGGUGGUGCAGGAAACGUCCACAGCAGCACCGAGCGUGCCAUUUUCAGCUUUGACGAGGAACUAGAACGAGAUCUCCGCCGUGCGGCCCCCGUGUACCAUGUCGGUCGCGGUGGUGCAGGCAAUAUGGUCUACAGUGACAGUUCCAGCGGCACCAGUCUGAGUCGCAAGUUCUCCGCUAGCAGUAAUGCCACCUCAAGCAGUACCGGUUCAACCAGCUCAACUCGCGAGAGAGCCCUGCGCGGCUUGGAGAAAGGCUGGGGCAAGAUCAGGGGAAUGACAUAG